GGGUGCAGCGAGGAGGCAUUGGAGCUGUACCACGAGAUGCGCAGGAGUGGUGUGGCCAUGGACCAGUUCACAUUCUCCACGAUGCUGGGGGUGUUUGCGAGGUUGGGGCUGCUGGAGCAUGCGAAGCAGGCACACGCUGGCCUGAUACAGAGAGGAUUGCCGCUGGACAUUGUGGGGAACACGGCGCUCGUGGACUUGUAUUGCAAGUGGGGGAGGAUGGAGGACGCGAGGAAUGUCUUCGAGAGGAUGCCCAAAAGGAACUUGAUCUCUUGGAAUGCUUUGAUAGCAGGAUACGGCUACCAUGGCAUGGGGGAUAAGGCGAUCGAGGUGUUCGAGAGGCUGAUAGCUGAAGGUAUUGCGCCAAACCAUGUGACCUUUUUAGCAGUACUGAAUGCAUGUCGGUUUUCUGGUCUUGUUGAUAAAGGGAAGAGGAUUUUCCAGUUGAUGGCUCAAAAUCCAAAAACGAAACCACGGGCUAUGCACUAUGCAUGUGUUAUUGAGCUUUUUGGUAGAGAAGGCCUGCUUGAUGAAGCCUAUUCAAUGAUACGGAGAGCUCUGUUCACCCCAACUGCUAACAUGUGGGGGGCCUUGCUCACUGCUAGCAGGGUCCAUAAGAACAUGCAUCUUGCAAAAUUAGCUGCCGAGCAGCUAUUGGCAAUGGAAUCUGAGAAAAUAAACAAUUAUGCUGUGCUCCUCAACUUGUAUAUUAGCUCUGGUAGACAGGAUGAUGCCUGCAAGGUAGUUGAAACACUGAAGAAGAAGGGUCUAUGUAUCAGUAAUGCUUGUAGCUGGGUCACAGUCAAGAAAAAAGAUCAUAGAUUUUUCUUUAAAGAUAGUUUGCACCCGCAAUGCGCUGACAUAUACAGGAAGUUAGAUACAUUAAUGAAGGAGGUGAAGGAAGCUGGUUAUGUUGCUGAGGAGAAUGAGUUGCUCCCUGAUGUUCAUCCAGACGAGCAGAAUAUAUCGAGAGCUUACCACAGUGAAAGACUGGCAAUUGCUUUUGGCCUCAUCAGCACAUCUCCAUGUGCUCCCUUGCGGAUCACUCAAAGCCAUCGUUUGUGCCUUGACUGUCACAAAAUAAUCAAGUUUUUAACAAAAGUUGCCAAGAGGGAAAUAGUUGUCAGGGAUGGUAGCAGAUUCCAUCACUUCAAACUCGGGAUCUGCUCUUGCGGUGACUACUGGUAAUUGGCUAACCACUCCAGAUAUUCUGAAGCCAAUUCUGUACUGGAAAUAACUUUGAUUAAUGAGGAGAAAGCGGUUUGGUUGAUCAUGAUGCUUCUAUUUCUCUGCACAUGCAUGAGCUUCUCUCAGCUGGCAGAAGUCUGAGAGCGUGCUACAAUGGCUAAGAUGGGAGCUGCUAUUAUGGUCUGCAUAGUGGUUUUGGCCCUGGAUGUCACUGCUGGCAUACUAGGAAUUGAGGCGCAGGCUGCUCAGAACAAGACUAAAAAGGUGACAGUUCUCUUCAUUCAAUGUGAGAAACCAGUGUACAAAGCAUACCAGCUUGGCCUGGCUGCUGCAAUUCUCCUGGUAGUUGCCCACGCAAUCGCUAACUUCCUUGGUGGCUGUGCCUGCAUCUGCUCUCAGCUGGAGUUCAUCCGGGCAUCCAUUAACAGGAAACUGGCAGCCACUACCAUAAUUCUCUCAUGGAUUGCCCUGAUUGCCGGAUUCUCGCUGCUGCUCGCCGGUGCCAUGUCCAACUCCAAGUCCAAGACGUCAUGCGGGUUCACGCACGGCCACACCCUGGCCCUUGGUGGGAUCAUGUGCUUCGUCCACGGUGGGAUCACCGUCGCCUACUACGUCACCGCCACCGCUGCAGCACACGAAGCUGUUUAGCAGGCGGCUGAGAGUUCGUCGGGGUGCUCAGUGCAAUGCUUUGGCCGGGAGAUCACCAUUAUUCUUUCCUUUGUUGCUUUGCCUUUUCUAUUUUGUGAUUUGGCAUUUGCAGAAACAUAUAGUUAUGUCUUUGUACUGGAGUUAAACGAAAAGGGAAAUAUAUGCUUGUGGUUUGAUUUGUUGCCAUUACAGAAUGUAUGUUGUAUGUGCACUUUUUUAAAAUUAAAAAAAAUUAUACAUUUUA